AUGUCUUUAUUUUUACUUGGUUUUCUUCUCUCGGUACUCCCCGCUGUUGCACUCUCACAAAACACAACACAAGAAGGCUGGCAGUCCGGAGGAAACGACAGGUCAUCAUUUGACAUCCUAUGGGCCUGUUUUUCGACUAUCUUCGCCUGCACCUGGACUGUCCUUCAUUUGAAUGUAGCGCACCCAAAGGAUUCCGAGUCGCGCAUCUUCUGGCGACAAGUUAAACAUUUUAUUUUGUCUAUUCUUCUUCCAGAGUGGACAUUAGCUAUAGCCACAGACCAGUACUUCGAAGCUCGGUUUUGUGUCAAAAGCUUUAAAAAGUCUAAACUGGAUAACUUGAACCUGUCAGCUGAUAGUGAUGUUGAGUCGCAACACUCGAUCCAGGAUCCACCAUCAGAGAGCCAGAAAAUCGAACGUGAAGAGGAAACUUUGGGAAAUGACGUUACACAGCUUUGCAGUGUUGCAGUUGAACCAGAACAAAAACCCGAGGCAUCCCAGCAAAGCUCAAUAAAAGAAAGUGCAUAUGCCGAGGACUGGACGCUUGCCCAUGGGUUCUUCACUACAAUGGGUGGCCUCGCAAUUCAAACAGAAGAUGAAAAGGAAUACUCAAUCCUAAGAAACGACAGUCCAGUGAAGCUACUUGAAAGUGGUCGAGUAAACUUUCCUCGAAUCAAAAUAGAAGAUAUCAAACGUCGAAGCAAAGCAGAUAGCUUUGCCAAAUUUGUUGCCGUUUGCCAAACUACCUGGUUUGCGAUUAACGUGGUCACACGACCUGCUUAUGGUCUUCAUGUGACACCUAUUGAACUGGCGUCAGUGGCAUAUGUUUUAUGUGCACUUCUUACCUAUGCAUUAUGGUGGUAUAAACCUAAAGAUGUGACAAUACCGAUUGUUAUCAAUGUCCCAUCAUUACCACCAUCAUCAGCAUUACAAUCAUCACCACCACCAUCAUCACCACCACCAUCAUCACCACCACCAUCAUCACCACCACCAUCAUCACCACCACCAUCAUCACCACCACCAUCAUCACCACCACCAUCAUCACCACCACCAUCAUCACCACCACCAUCAUCACCACCACCAUCAUCACCACCACCAUCAUCACCACCACCAUCGUCGUCGUCAGAUAAAACCAAGAAUGAAGAUUCGACUCUGAAAUACUACCUUGAUGAGAUUUUGCCUCGCAAAAGCAAUAAUUUCAAAGGGUUUGACAUAACGAUCGCAGGGUCGUCUAGCGAGCAAGAGGAUCGUCGCUAUCGGUUUGCCAAUUUACUUGGCUUAUUUGCAGCUCUUGCGUACUGUGGCAUUCAUAUUGCGGCUUGGAAUUUUCCUUUCCCUACACCUGCUGAGAGACAGGCAUGGCGGAUCUGUACGCUCGCUUCUAUUUCUGGAUCUGCUAUACUGAUUCCACACUAUGUGGACGAGGAUUACGUAUUAGGAAAGCGUGUGUUGGUGGCAAUUUCUGCAUUGGCCGUUGUUAUGCUACUAUCGAUUGGCUGUCUGCUCUGCCUCACUACUAGCUGGGCUUUCUUUACAAAAUACACACUGGAAGUGGCUCUUGUUCUUUCGAAGAUAACGGUCAUGUGGAACUGUAGGGAUAAAUAA